AUGAACCAUUGGCCGUGCCUGCCUUACGUAGUUUAUCUUAUCACGAUGACGCAUCAAAACGGGGCGACUGCGCCAACUACUCGAGGCCCGAUGGGGACUCGAGAGGAGUUCAAUAAAUUCUAUACAAAAUGGUUGCUCAAAAGAUCACCUGUCCGAGUCGGAGCGACGAUAUCGGAAAUCGAUUCAAAUCAAACACCAAAAGAUAUGGUUUUUUCGCAAACGAGUCUCAAGACUCGAAACGUUUUGAAAGUGGUAGAAAUAGAUCUUUUAAAGGCAGAAAAGAAUCAACAGGCGAACGGUCUAACCGGAGUGGUUACAAUCAGAAACAACGUAUCGAGGCCACCAUCUCCAGUGGCAACCACCAGCUACUCAGAGGAAUUUCCGAAACCGGAGCCCCAAUUGCCGAGCACAAUGAUUCACGAAUCGGACUGCGAGUUCUUCCAAGAUCUGGUUCAGUGGUGCGCCGCUCCCGCCGAGGAUGUAGUAGUACAGUCCACUGACUCCCCAAAUUACACUGAAGACAGGACACACAACACAGACACACCGCACACACCAUUCUCGCCGCAAGGCUGGGAUGUAUCAGACGCUAACUCACCCUCGGCUCAGGCAAGCUUCUACAACGCCAUGUCGAACCCACUGUCGCCGACAGUGGACGAGCUGGAGAAAUUUGACAACGAAUACCUGAGACCGCUCCAAGAGAAGGGCCGGGUGCCGUUUCCGGAGCAGUUCUUAGAUAUAAGCAACUUGCCUGUGGUUUUGGGGGAAUUAGCGUCGGGGAGGGGGGCCGAUGUGGAUCCGUGGCAAGUCCCGGAGCCGAUCGACUGGCUAACACACGAUACAGAACACACAAAAACAAACACAAGCCUACAUACCACAAUGCCCUUCAUCGAGGAGGACUCGCUGGACAUGAAACUAGUGUCGGUUAUACCGCGGGAGGUGGAGAGCAAUGACGUAGUCAUAUCGGAGUACAUACUGAAUGACGACCAGGUAGCCAGGAAUAUGGUGGGGAUUCCGGAUUUCGGUACGGAAAAACGGAGCCGGGGGCUGUCCGUAGACUUGGCCGCGUGUGCCCCGAGCUGGCCCGGCGAUAUAAUUAGCACCCCGGAGGUCUUAAGCUACGUCGAGCAGUUGGAGAAAGAGAAAUGUUCAGUCCCAAGCCCGACGCCGGCGCCGCUCGAAUGGCCCUCGCGCGACACGUCCACGGACAGCAUGACCAAGAGCGAAAUGUCGCCGCCGCUGGACUACGAACCGAUCACACCGAAGACCGAAUCCCACGCUGACUCCGACAACGACGACACAAAGUCGUACACUAGCAAAAAGCGGCGCCGCAACAGCGAGGACUCGGACGCGACCUACACGCCGUACAACGAGCACACGCCCCGGAAGUACAGGAAGAGGAAGUCCAGCAUACCGAUCGUGGACAAGAUCCGCGCAUUGGAGGACUCGCAGCAGCUGAAGCCCACCCGUAGGGGGCGCCCGCCGAAACGCAGAGAGAGCACGGUCUCCUCCGUGUGUAGCGUCGACGAGAACUCCUCGUCGGUGUCCACGCACGAGCUCAGGUACAGGGAGCUGAGGGACAAAAACAACGAGGCAUCAAAGAGGUCCCGUAUGAACAGGAAACUGAAGGAGCUGCAAAUGGAGCAGCUCGCCCUGGAGCUAGAGGAGCGGAACAAGAAGCUCCGAGUCAGAGCUGAGAUAUUGGAGGACAUGACCAAGAAGCUCCGCGAGGCCUUCAUGUCGGCAGUGUCCCAAAAGAGGCUCAACAGC